AUGAAAGUCACAGUCAAUAAAGAGACUGCUAUUCCUAGAUUGGAGACGGCCAAUUCCAGGAAAAUUGAUAAACAGUCUCUGGCAUAUAUACUGAGAAGUGGUCUAGCUGGCGGUAUAGCAGGUAUAUCAGCCAAGACAUUGAUUGCUCCUUUGGACCGUGUCAAGAUUCUCUUUCAAACCAACAAUCCUCAUUAUAGACGUAUGGUGGGAUCCUUUCGAGGAAUGUUUAGGGCAAUGGGUACAAUAUACACGAAUGAUGGUAUUCGUGGACUAUAUCAGGGUCAUUCUGCUACUUUACUUCGUAUAUUUCCCUAUGCAGGCAUCAAGUUUGUCUGCUAUGAACAGAUCAGGUCUUUCUUAAUACCCCGUGACGAAUACGAGACUGCCGGAAGAAGAUUUAUAUCUGGUUCUUUAGCAGGUGUUGUUUCUGUCUGUUUCACUUAUCCCUUGGAUCUUAUCAGGGUGAGAUUGGCGUUUGAAACUAGUCACAAACAGAUUCAUUACGGUAAGGGUAAACUUCUCCAUACCCUUAAUACUAUAUUCAACGAGCAGCCAAGGUACUCUUUCACAACAGGGGGAUUGCUAAGAAACGAGCCCUGGAUCACGCGGCUCUCAUAUCACGUCACGGGUUCUAACAUUCAAUUCUUUCAGGCUCUUUCAAACUUUUAUAGAGGAUUCAUUCCAACAAUCAUAGGAAUGAUUCCGUACGCAGGAGUAUCAUUUUAUAGUCAUGAUCUUUUGCAUGAUUUUUUUAGAUCUCCUUUAUUGGCUCCUUAUACAGUCACAAAUACUGAGGUGACUCCGGGUGAAGAAAGACUUACUACGUCUGAUUCAUCUUUUGAUCAUAGACGGCCUUUAAAAGUGUGGGCUCAAUUAUUAGCCGGCGGUGGCGCCGGUAUUACUGCCCAGGCAGCCGCUUAUCCAUUUGAGGUCAUCCGGAGACGAAUGCAGGUCGGCGCUGUGGUUAAUAGUGGUGGCCAAUUUUAUUCCCCUGCAUAUACUGCAAAACUUAUUUACCGGGAUCGUGGCUUUAGAGGCUUCUAUGUUGGUCUCGGUAUAGGAUUUGUGAAGGUUGUUCCAAUGUUUGCAUGUUCUUUCUUUGUUUACGAGCGUUGCAAAGCUUAUUUCCAGAUUUGA